AAGUCUCACUAGACUUGUUAUUGUACAGACAUCAGACAGACUGAAAACUUUCCAGUGGACUUACAGCACUGCUGUAGAUUCUAACUUACAGGCAGCAUGAAGCUUUUGAUCUUUUGUGUAAUUUUGAUUUCUACAAGCAAGUAUGCUGGAGCACAAGAUCUGGCCCAAAAGAUAGUUUGUUACACUCAAUGGUUUGACCGGGACAAUCCCAGUGGGAAGGGAGAUUAUGAAACCUUGAAAGAUUUGAGAGCAGAGUAUCCUAGAAAGAUCUGCUCCCAACCUCUGACCAUUCAGGCUGCAACGCUCAGUGGUGUUCCUGCCCAAAACAUUGGACAAGUGUUUGAAGUGUAUGACACAGUUUCUGGCUUUGCCUGUGUAAAUUCUCAACAAAGGAAUGAAGAAUGCUGUUUGGACUAUAAGGUGCGUUUUGGAUGCCCAUGCCCCUGGCCCCCAAUCAAGCCUAUAUUUUCUGCAGUGGAGGAUGUCCAAGCCCAGCCAAAUACAACUCUUGCUUAGAUACUGCUGAUAAUGCAUGCUUUGUUUCUUCAGGCAUUUUAUUAUACAAUUUAAAAUUCUGUUGUUAACGCUGUUUUUCCUUUUAAAAUGUUUAAAGUGUCAGUGAGUAAGUCUUGUUUUUGAGAUCAUUAACUAUUUCACUCAUUUCCUUCGGCAUUACUAGGGUGAUGGAAUGUAACGUUUUUUGUUUGCUGUUGUCAUUAUGAAUUAAAGAAGGCAUAUUAGAUUUAAA